CCCACCUGCCUGUGCCCUCCUCUGUGCAUCCUGGGGUGACUCCAGCUCAUGGAAAGGUUGAAGUCUUCGCUCAAGUCCCUCCAUGGAGCCAUCACCGACGUUAAGCCCACAGCUCCUACCUUCUUCCACCUCCACGGCAACGACUCUCCCACCACCUCAUCCAACCCUUCCCUCGUCGACCAAAGUUAUCUGACCAUGCCCUCUUCCUACUCCUCCUCUUCUUCCUCCUCCUCGAGGACCAUCAGAGCCGUCGACGACAUCGAAAGCUUCUCUCUAGGAAAGGUAAGUUCCAAACGCUUCUUCUUCUCCCCGCUCACCACGAACUCCAUAAUGGAGGAGGCCAAGCUGAAAGCUGCCAACGGCGACUACUCGCGGGGCUGCUCCUUUUGCAACGGCUGCACGACCAUCGCCAUCGCCUCGCGGGACCCCUAUCGUGACUUCCGCACGUCGAUGGAGGAGAUGGUGGCGGCGCACGGACUCCGCGAUUGGCCUCGCCUCGAGGAACUGUUGCAUUGCUACCUGCGGCUGAACGAGGAGAAACACCACAGGGUCAUCGUCCUCGCGUUUGCCUAUCUGUUAUUGCAGUUCUAGCUGAUCUUGUAAUACUCCUUUAAUUUUGUGGGAGGAUGGUGCUAGCGCUCUUCUCUCUGCUCUGCUUAGUGGUUUUCUAUUCCUAUAGAGGAUGCUUUCUCCCAACUACUCCAUGAUUCGCCUGCUUCCAGUUAUAUUAUUGAACACUUGCUGAUGUGCGCUGCAGUGUACUUCACCACUGAUCCCUGUUCACGCUUGUUGGGUGGGAUUCCGCAUUCUCCCAAAACGCCACAUGGUGCUCUUACUCUGUGAGGAAGAAAGGCUAGAUAUGGGCCAACAAAAUGUCUCUGCAUCAUCCUUGCCCAUGGCUCGACAUGGCAUUUCUUGCAUCGGCUAGCACUGCCCUCUACCACAAAUCUGGGGCUCAUUAACUGCCGCACAAGAGAGUACAGGUUGAGAGUUGAUUCCUAUUCCUAUUCCUAUUCCUAUUCCUAUUCCCAUGCUUAUAAACGUACAGAUCAGGGCAUUCUUUGAUUAAAUUAUAAUAGACAGAUGCUAUCUCCAUCCGCUUUUGCUUAAUCCUCUUCCACCCUGGCUGAGGUGCAUGUAUCUUUAGUUUUCUUCUCUCCUUCGUGCUUGCUCUGUCUUCUUUGUGUCUUACAGUGCGCCACUGAAAAUCUAGUCAAUUACGGGGUCUGCAGGUCCGUCCUCCUUUCAAGGAGAAGGCUGUGAGAUACGAGAGGGGAGUGCAGGUUUGAAUGUUGGUUGGUGAUCAGUAUUUUCCGAAAUCCCACCUUUUGGGAAUGAAUAUUCAUUGAGCUUGGACGUCCAUGGCUUUGGGGGAAACUCUAAAGUUCGUACUGUUCUCCUGUUUUAGUUUAGUUAUCGUGGAGUCUUGCUAUGAUUUCACUGUCCAAAGGUUUUGGAUUUUUAUGAUGAUUUUGUGGUGAUUGUGUGGCUAUGAUGUGUAUGCUUUGUGUUGAUUGGGUUGAUAUAUCUUCGUU